UGAGCAGAGUUUUCUUUUCUGUGUUGAUAUAUUUUCCCAUUGUAACAUGAAGUUGCAGUGGAAAAAAAGUUGACUUUUAUAAUAACUAUUAUCAUGUAGCUUAUGUUAAAGCCGCCAACCAUUUUUUCCUGCUAUUGCUUGUCAUGGACGGGUGGUUUCGAAGAGAGGACGUUCUUAUUCUAUAUUUGGUCCAUUUUUCUGGAAGAGAAAUUCGUCGAGGUGUUUGCUAAAAGAUUAUUUAGUCAGUUUUUAGGAGUACACUAAAAUGUGGGUGACCUUAAAUUUGAUUUGAUUUAUUAUUUUGUGCUUGCAGGAGUGGAUGCAGACAUUCCAAAAGAGUACAAAGGAAUCAUCUCAAAUAUCUCCUCUCCCGAAUAUAAGAAGAAACCUGUGUGUUCUUGGGCAAUGUUCACACCUUCCCAGUCCAGCCAAAGUCCCACUCAAAAACCUGAGGACCUGAGCUGUCAGGAUCCAAGUGGAGAUUGUUGCAGCUCCAGUUCAUCAUGUGGAACUCUAAAAACGCGCCCUCCGGAAAAAACUGACAAUUGUUUGCAGGGUAACUACUCGCCAGUUUCAGAUUUCGAAGACCUGGAGAUGGAACUGGAAACUGAGAAGAACAGAGUUGCUUUAAACUUAUUGGUCGAUUCUGUGCUCAGCAGCUCAGAUGAUAAUGACCGUUGGGGACUUCCUUGUAAUCAAGAAGUACUGUCCACUUAUAGUGUGGGGAAUGAUAAAUCUGUUCAGGAAGGAGAAAAUACCUUGAAUAAUCAGUGUUUAUCUGUUCCUGAAAACCCACGGGUGCCUUCCAUUCAGUUCCUCGGAUCUUUAGCUCCUAGUGGCUUAAAGUCAAACACAAAUACAGAUCAUCUUUGUUCAUUUUCAAAAGCACUGAAGCUCUCUGGGAAACCAGUGGCAUUGACAGAUACCUCUAAAGAGGAGUGUGAAAAAAGCCAGAAGCAGUCCUUUAGUCAAAUAAGCUUACCUUUCUCCUCUAAGCUGAUAGGAGCACAAUCCAAGCUUGAUAAACCCAAAGGUUGUUCAGUUCAGACUUCUAAUAAGAAAGAAGAAGUGCUUUUGGACAAGAUCAAAACAAAUGUUUUUUUUUCGCUCUACUAAUACUUCACUAAAUAAUAGUACUUCAGUCUUGGAUCAAGUCCCAGCUUCAAUGUAUAUAGAUGGACUGACAGGGACAGCUGCUGGAGAUUCUGACAAGGGCACAAAGAUAGAUAAUAAGGCACAAAACGUUGAUUGUCAGUACUCAAAUGUAUCACACUCAAAGGAUAGCCCAAUAAAACUCCCUUUUCAAGGGUCAUCAAUCCUGCCAUACUGUGAACUGUCUUUAUCGAACCAAUUAGUAAAAGGUGUGGGUGACCAAAAAUCAAUGACAUUUCAUCAAGCAGACUCCACUUCCCAUCUCUCGGCACCAAGAAAUGGUUCCUCCAAAUCACUUUUAGACAGUGAGACUAACAAACUGUUGAAUCAGGUCUCGGAUACUGCCUAUCACUUGGUAUCCAGAAGCUGUUCUUCAAGCGAUUUGGAAAGAUGGACUGGUUUCAGCAGAGCUAGAUCCAAAUUCCAACACUGUGGUGGAAAGAAACAUCCCUUUCCUGUAUUUCCCGCUCUUAAAGAAGGACAAAGAAAGGGCUUCUCCAACUUUGAGCAGACGGGAGGGAUAUCCAAACAUUGGCAGCAGAUUCUUGAGGACUUGAUAGUUCCUGUCUCUUCUCGAUUGACUGUUACAAAAGCUUGUCCUUCAGAUGCUUUACCUAUCAACCUGGAUAAAGACUCUGCGUGUUGUCCUAGCUUACCUCAACUUUUUCACCCCACCACUUCGCCUUUGUCCACUUUAAGCAAAGGGAGCUUCUCUGGGGCAGGUGUUAGUAUCGUUCUGGCUAUAUCUUCUCCAGCUUCCUUCAGACUGUGGUUUCGACACAGGCGGAUCAGCUUUCAUAUUAUGCAGUUGAAACAUCCUAGUAUCCAUACGGUUGUGAGUCGGAUUUUGGAAAUGUGCAAGUGUCAUCCUUUUCGACCUCUGGUUGACUUCACUGCUCCACCUGGCGUAGACAACGAUCACCACUAUAUACGCCUAUCCAGUCAAGAAGCUACACCCAGCAGAAAAAGAGCUUCAGCACGGAAAGCCACAUCUUCAUCAGUGUGUCAUCUGUCAAAAAUUAGUUUCACAUCACAAAGGAGUCUGGAUCACUCUUCUUGGCACAGCAUCAGCCCCAAGUCUAUGCGAUUGGAUGAAUCCGCCACCGAAUCUGUGCCUAGUUUUGCUUUUGCCAGUGCAAAUGUCAAACACCCUGGUGUACACAGUCGGGCAGCGUCAACAGAAAUGAACCAGGUGGAACUCUACAACACUAAUUCUGAAGCUCAAGGAGGUCAACGUUCCAAAAGGGUCUCCCAAAUUCGUAUUCGUAAGAUGGUUCCCAAACCAGAUAACAACCUUACUCCAAUGGGACUCCCCAAACCAAAGAGGCUGAAGAAAAAGGAAUUCAGUUUGGAGGAGAUUUAUACCAACAAGAAUUACAAGUCUCCGACCCCUAACAGAAGCCUGGAGACGAUAUUCGAAGAACCGAAAGAGAAGAAGGGCUCUUUGGUAUGCAUUGGUCAUCAGAAACGAAAGCGGGUUCUAGACUUCCCAGAUUUCACACUGCCUCGGAAGCGCAAGGCUAAAACUAACCUGGGUCCACUGCGUGUGAAGGGUCCACGAGGACGGGCUCGUAGGGGUCGACAGGACGACGCUGACCUUGAUGUAUUACUAGUCGAGAAGCUCACAGAGCUGGAAGACUACUUCUCUCGCCAAGGCCUGGAGGUUUAAGCUCAGUUUUCACAAAUCUUUAUAACAAUUGUUCCGUUAUCAAAAAUGUUGGUUUUAAUAUUUUUUGCCUGCGCAAGGAAAGAAUUCAAGAUAGUUCAGGCAUCGUUGUUCAAAGAGCGUUUAGCAAUAGAGGGAAAGAACACUUUCUUGUAGCAUUUACACUUUAAACUUAAAGUAUGUCGAGUGAACUGACCCAAAACACCUGAGGAAUGAAUGAGUGUGUGUGUGUGUGUGUAUAUGAUAUAAGCACAUUAUAGUGAACUUUUACCUGAGCACUUUCUGUAUCCUCACAAUGUGACCUAGUUUUGUUUCUCUUGCACUUUCACAAUUGUUGCUUAUACCAACACGUUCUUAACUGUCAUUUUCUGGCAAAAAAAAAAAAAAGAGGAAUAAUGUUUGAUUGUUUGGUUUAAGCCCUUCAAGGUCUCUUAAAAACAAGAUGAUGUUCAUCCUUUACUACUAAUGACAUCUGAAAUUCUUUCUAAAUGAAAAUGCUGAGGGAUUUGCUGCCAAAUACAAGAAAACAAAAAACUAGUUCGUUUUAGAUUUUUUUAAAUCUAUAUUUUAAGGUACAGUGUUUCAUCACUAUGUUCUUGAGAGAUGUUCUAAAAUAAUGCAUUUCACCAUAGAAAUAUGACUUUGUGUUUCUGCAUUUGUUGUUCUUGCAGGGUGGUCAUGAAUUAGCUAGUUUUGAAACGGGCUUAGCCUCAGCCUGUCAUUGACAUUGGUUUGAAAAUCACCCAGAGUAAAAUGAAUCAUUUAUUCAGCCUUCGUCGUUCCAAACCUGUAUGACUUUGUUCUUCGGAAUGCAAAAAGAUAAAAAUAUCCAAAGGUAAUGGAACCCAAUGUUUUUUUGAACCCCAUUUUUUGGGGAAAAAAAACAGUUGAACAGUUCAAAACAUCUUUAGUGCUCUACAGAAGAAAGUUAGUCUUGCAGAAUUGGAUUGACCUGAGGGUGAGGAAUUAAUGACAGAAAUGCAGUUUAGCUGUUAGCUGUGAUACUGCUUUUAUUCGUCACAGACGUUUGAAUUACAUUUAUUUAUUGAAAACAGAGCUGAGAUAUGAAAUACAUGUUUGCUGUGACUCUAUGGUUAAUUUUUGCUGGCAUAAUAUUUGGUUGACAUUAGUGAAGCGUUUGGUGAGAUCCACCUUCCACAUUUCUGAUCUGAUAUUUACUGGGUGUUAUAUGCAGCUAAUAAAGUGAAGAGCUGACCAGAUUAGACUUAUUUUUAGUUUUAGUUUUAUCAUUCCAUUGUGCGAAAUACUGCCACAACUUAAUCAAAUUUUGAUGAUGAAACCAAGGUUACAUUUUUUGUUUUGAUAUAGUAGAGUGUUGUCUUUUUGUAAUUUAUUUUAUUUAUGGAAAGCUUUUACUAACAAUUGUAAUUAACCUUGGAUUUAUUACCUAUAACUUUGAAAGUCAGUUAUCGGACUCGACACCCAAAUAAUCGGAGCGUUUGCCAGGGAGUAUCUCUGUGCCAGUAUUGAUAGAAAUGUGCUUACAAUGCAGCCUAUAGGCAUGUAUUGUCUCUUUCAAUCACUUUGAACUGUUAGAAUGUAUAAAAGGCUGACGUGUUUACUUCGCUCUGUUGGUGGAACCAGUUGUUCGAUCUGUUUUUUGUUUUUUUUACUACACUUUCAGUGUUACAGAAACUGCUGCUGCUAAGCUUCUUUUUGAGCUCACCAACAGAUCAACAUUAAGUAUUGCUUGAGAGCUGUAAAUCAGUGUGAUUUUCUGUAUAUUUUAUGAAUAAAAAAUU